AAGAAAUUUACUUCAUGUGAUAUGAGCAAGUUGUAGAGUGACAGCGAGGGUAAUAUGAUCUCAUGUUAUCGCUGGUGACGGAUUUUACUUGGCAAUGGUAACACUCGUCAGCGGUACUACAUGGGUGACAACAAUUCAGCCUGAAAUUCCCCAAGUUCUUAAACGACUACACAACACGAUCAUGGCUUUGGUAACAGAAUACCAAACAAAUGCCUGUUUUAUAAUGGAUGACAAAAACUAGGAUUGAUAAUAUCAGAGAGGAAUUUCUUCUCUUGUAACAUAAAAUAGAUAUAUAUAUGUAUGCCUGUGUGUUAUCAUACAUGCGUGUGCGUGUACUAUAAUUUUACGGAUUAAAUAAAAUCUACUAUACUAUUGUAAAUUGUAAGUUUAAUAAUUCACGUGUUUCACAUUGUUACAUAUUAUCACAUGUCGUGUAUUUAUUAAAUCUCAUAUAACGUGAAUUACAUGUACUAAUCAAAUGUAUUUUCAAUAAAAUAGUUUCAUAAUAUGACAACCAUAUACAUUGUGUGUACGUAAUAUCAGAUUAAAGAUACGUAAUAUGCAUGAAGUUAAAAAGUAACCAACAAAAUUUUAAUAAUUUUUAAUAUGAUAAUGACACAUCCUAUAAACAUGUUGGGUAUUGUCAAAAUAUACCAAAGGUUCUUAACAAGAUAUCCGUUACUCACUCAAGCGGUUCAAGCGGGUACGUUAAUGGCACUUGGAGAUCAGAUUGCACAAAAUCUAGUUGAGCGAAGAAAAAUUAAAGAUUUAGAUUUUAUAAGAACAGCUCAGUUUGGAUGCAUAGGACUUUUCCUUACUGGUCCUGUCACACGAACUUGGUAUGGAAUAUUAGAUAAAUAUAUUGGCUCAAAGGGAGGAAUUGUAGUAUUAAAGAAGGUAUCUUGUGAUCAAUUACUUUUUGCACCUGUAUUUUUAAUAGUUUUACUAUCAACAAUUGGUAUUCUACAAGGAAAUGACUUAGAACAAUUAAAAAAAAAAUUGUAUAAUGAGUACCCAGAUAUUUUAAAAAAUAAUUACAAGAUUUGGCCUAUGGUACAACUAUUUAACUUUUAUUUUGUACCUUUACAUCAUCAGGUUUUAGUAGUACAAUCUAUAGCUUUGUUAUGGAAUACUUAUAUCUCCUAUAGGACAAGUUCAGGAAAAUAAAAAUAAGAAUAUAAAAUAAGUAAAAAUUUAUAAACAUAUUUUUUUAAAUACAAAUGUUAAUACUAUUAAAUUUUGUUAAGUAUUGUUCACAAUAGAAUAAUAAAAUUCGACUUUUGGGAAGAACUACAUGAUAUUUAUCAUUAAAUAAACAAUAUAGUAUAAUAACAUAAAACAACAAUAGCAUUAUAGACGAUGUAGAUCCCAAAAGCUUUUCGUUAUAAAUUAAAAAAAAAUGUUUUCUUUUUCUAUAUUAUGAAGUACAUUUGACCUCAAAGAAAAUGAUUGCUGUUCGUUUAUUUCCUAAAAUUGAUGUAUGUAGGACAUACAUACAUUUCAUUGUAAUUUAGUAGUUGUUAUUUAUGUUUAAGCAUAUCAAUAUUAUAAUUUAUAUUGUAUGUUUGUAUUAAAAUUUGUUUUCUAAUUAAACUGCUAUUGUGAAGUAAAUUGUUAUUUUUUACAAAAGUAUACAUAUUUUUAAUGUACUGGGUAUAAUAUCAUUUUAUGGAAUGUUACCGUUUUUAGAAACCAUGAAAUCAUUGGACGUGAACACACAAUAUUUUAAAUGUUAAGUAUAUACAAGAAGAUCAGAAGUGCACUAAAAUAAACGAAAAUUAAAUCUA